CCAUCUCUCCCGUCGAGGUCGAGGGUUUCCUCCUCACGUUCCCCACUCCCCAAUCCAAUCCAAUGGCGACCACCACCAACAAGAUAAUGGCGUCGUCUGUCACGGACAUCCCCGACCACCUCCUCGCGGAGAUCUUCCUCCGGCUGCCCAACCCACAAGACCUCGUCCGCGCCUCCGCCGCCUGCCCCACCUUCCGCCGAAUCUCCACCGACAGGUCAUUCCUCCGCUGCUUCCGCCGCCUCCACUCACCACCGAUUCUCGGAUUCCUCGACCGCGGCGGCUUCCACCCAGCCAUGCCGCCUCACCCGUCCGCUCCCGCCGCCCGUGCGCUCGCCGAUUUCACCUUCUCCUUCCUCCCCUCCCACCGCCGCUGGACCGUGCAGGACGUCCGCGACGGCCGCGUCCUCCUCGCCCGCAACAUCGGACAACAUGGGCAGCCCCCGGCCUUCAGAGAUCUCGCGGUGUGCGACCCCUUGCACCGCCGGUACGUCCUGCUUCCCCCUUUACCUCACGGCCUAGCCGCUUCGCUUGAGCACCCGUUCCCCCGGGUAAGCGAGGACCGCUGGAAGCGCUUCCUCGUCCCCCUCGGCGAGGACGAGGCAGCGGCUGGAGAGACAACGUUCAGAGUCAUCUUGAUGGCGCAUCGCAAAACCAGUCUGUCUGCCUUCUACUUCUCUUCCAGCACCGAUCAAUGGCAAGCCGCGUCCAAGGGUUUGAAUGAUUUGGCCCUUGGCAAGCGCGACAUGGUGGAGAUGUCAAGCGUCCAGCCUUAUAUUCACAGGCGCCAUUAUGCUUAUGGUUGUUUCUACUGGGACUGGUUGAAUUUCGGGAUGAAAAAGUUGCUCUUGCUUGACACCGCCACGAUGGAGUUCUCCACUGCUGACCUCCCGCCAGGAAAAUGGAGCAAGCAAGGUAUAGCCAUUGUGGAGGCAGGGGAAGGCAGGCUUGGGAUGUUUGGUUUCCACCGUGAAACUGCAUCCGAUCUAAGCUAUACCGUUGCAUAGAACAAAGGCAAGAGUCCCAACCAGUGGCAGAUGGAGAAGACAAUCUCACUAGAUUCUGGGUACAAAUAUUCUAUCAAAGAUGCAACACAGAGGUACUUUCUCUUGACAAGGAUAGAAGCCUCAUCGCCAGAGAAUCGACUUGUUGGAUUUUUCUCAAUGGAUGUCAAGACGUUGCAGCUUCAAAGGGUUUAUGAGACACAGCACCAUUCUAAGUAUCAUACAUACGCAUACAUCAACUUCCCACCAUCAUUGUUGUCUUCAAGGAGAAUAUGAAGCGAUUCGGUGGAGUCGUCAUCAGAUCAGCUUUCUGAGUUCAAAGCGACCGCGGUUCUGAUAGCAUGGGGUUGUGAGUUGUGACAGAAGUGAUCACCUACCUUUCUGACACCAUGGCGCAUGACUGUGAAUUCAUCUGGCAAUAGUCAUGUGUAAGGUUAUCUUAUUUUGAAUUUUUUUCAAAACUGUGAUAGAUUUUAUAGCAUUUUCGGAAACUAUAUGACGUAAUGCAAAAAAACCACAACUAGUAGCCCGUCGGCCAUCCUCUGGCCGAAGUAGGGCCUUUCGGCCAAAGCUAGGCCGAAGUAGGGCUUUUCGGCCAAAGCUAGGCCGAAGUAGGUGAUUUCGGCCAUCAUUAGGCCGAAGUAGGUGAUUUCGGCCAUCAUUAGGCCGAAGUGGAGCAUUUCGGCCAAAGCUAGGCCGAAAUAGACUUUUUGGUCUAGUCUAGGCCGAAAAGUACUACUUCGGUCUCAUGUAGGCCGAAGUUGCAUGGCUCGUGCUGAAAUGUUCCCGCCACCCCUUCCCGCCACCCGUUUCCCGCCAACCCCUUCCCGCCACCCGU